AUGUCGCAACUUGUUCAGCCGUCCAUUGAGACUUUAAAGAAGAUUGUUGAGUCUAAUGCUCUGCAAUCGCCGAUUCCGAACUUGUACCCGAUCUACAAAUAUGUUGCAAAUAACGAUAUAACAAUCCAUCAAGCUUACCUCAGAUUGGCAAAUCUCAAUGAUAACAAGAGGCUUCCUUCCUUUUUAUUUGAAUCGUCUAUUAAAGGAGAUACAGUGGAUAGGUACUCAUUCAUUGGAGUCAAUCCCUCAAAAUUGAUCAAAACUGGAGAUGAUCCUAAGAAGUUUGCUCCUGAGUAUUGCAAUGUGGACCCAAUUACGAUUCUCGAAAAGGAGUUGGCGGGAUAUAGGCAGGCGCCAUUACCAGGGUUGCCUAAAUUCAGCGGGGGUGCAACAGGGUACAUCUCCUAUGAUUGCAUAAAAUAUUUUGAGCCCAAGACAAGGAGACCGUUGAAGGAUGUGCUAGAGUUGCCUGAAGCUGUAUUUAUGUUUUGUGACUUGGUUGUUGCUUUUGAUCAUGUUUUCCAAAGAUUUCAAAUAAUAUACAACAUACAAGUAGAAGGCAAGGACGAUUUGGAAGCGGCAUACAAAAAAGGGAGUAUAGAAAUUGAAAAAAUCGAGAAGUUGUUACUUACUGAUGUAUCAAACAACUUGAUUCUUCCGCUACAAAAGCCCAUCAAGUUGAACCAAACGUUUACUUCAAAUAUUGGGAAAGAGGGAUAUGAAGGACACGUUACCAAAUUGAAAGAGCAUAUUUUGAAAGGAGACAUAAUUCAAGCGGUACCUUCUCAAAGAGUUGCUCGUCCAACUGAAUUGCAUCCAUUUAACAUUUAUAAGCAUUUGAGAACUGUGAAUCCGUCGCCAUAUUUGUUUUAUAUAGAUUUGCUUGACUUUCAAAUUAUUGGAGCGUCACCCGAAUUGCUUGUUCAAUCAGAUUCCAAGGGCAGAGUUGUAACACAUCCUAUUGCGGGAACAAUGCCUCGGGGCAAAACAAACGAAGAGGAUGAGAAGAAUGCGGACAUUUUGAGAGCAAGUUUGAAAGAUAGAGCCGAGCACAUAAUGCUUGUAGACUUGGCGCGAAAUGAUGUCAAUCGUGUUUGCCGACCAGAAACAAAUAAAGUUGACAAGCUUCUUACGAUUCAAAGAUUCUCGCAUGUUAUGCACUUGGUGUCUGAAGUAAGCGGAAUUUUGCGUGAUGACCAAACGAGAUUUGACGCAUUUAGGUCGAUUUUCCCUGCAGGUACCACUAGCGGUGCCCCCAAAGUAAAAGCGAUGGAGCUAAUUGCCGAAUUGGAGAAAGAGAAACGAGGCGUUUAUGCAGGCGCAGUUGGACAUUGGGGCUACGAUGGUAAGACAAUGGACACAUGUAUCGCUUUGAGAACAAUGGUAUACAAGGACGGAGUAGCGUAUUUGCAAGCUGGUGGUGGUAUCGUGUUUGAUAGUGACGAAUAUGAGGAGUACAUGGAAACUAUGAAUAAAAUGAGGGCCAAUAAUAAUACCAUUGUUGAAGCUGAAAAAAUUUGGGCUGAAAAAGUUGGAAUAGCUGAGUAG